AAUUUGAUUAGGGAACUGUGGUCACCGGCGGCGAGAACCAAGGCUUCUUCGUAACCAUAUCUUUGGAAAUCAAAAACCAUCUUUGAUUUUGGGAUCAAAACAAAAUUGAGUCGAGGGAUUUUGAGGCACAGUAAAAAAUUUCAAUUUUGAUUUCUUUGAAUGGGUAAAUGGAGAGCAGUAGCUGCUCUUCUUCUUCGUAAUCAAUUACUCAAUUCUUCAAAAAGACUAAACCUUUCUUCUCCAUGUCUUUCGAAACACCCAACGAUUGGUUUUGCUUCUCGCUUUCUCGAUUUCCGACACUUUUCAGCGUUCCCUUCUCCGAUUUCGAUUUACAACAAUGAUUCUGAUUCUGGGUCUACUGAUGCGUAUCAAAACUAUGAAUUUGGAACACAUGAAGAAGAAGAACUAGGGAAAAUCCCUAUCAAAGCCUAUUUUCUCAGUACUGGUAUUGAUUUGAAGGCAAUGCAAGCUGAGAACUUAUGCAAUGUUGUUCCUCCUACUUCACGUUCUACUAAUUCUAUUGCCCUCAAAUUUUCGGAUUUUACACCUUCUGGAAUCCAUACUAUGGACGAGAGGGAGAGUGUAAGCAACUGCCGGUUCAUGGUUGUUUUUCAAUACGGUUCUGCUAUUCUUUUCAAUGUUGAUGAUAAUGAUGUUGACCGUUAUCUCGACAUUGUUCGUAGACAUGCUUCUGGAUUGCUUACGGAAAUGAGAAAAGAUGAUUAUGCUGUGAAGGAGAAGCCUUUGUUGACUGAGGAAAUGAAAGGUGGCCAUGACUACAUCGUUCUCAAAACUUUGGAUACUAAUAGCAUACGUAUAAUUGGGAGUGUGCUCGGGCAAAGUAUUGCAUUGGAUUACUUUGUUUCUCAGGUUAACAAGUUGGUGGAAGAGUUUGCUGAUAUAAACCGUGCAAUGGCGAAAACAGGAACUUUCACAAUGACCAGGAAAAAGCUCUUCCAACUUGUAGGGAAGGCCAAUUCUAAUCUAGGCGAUGUGAUUCUCAAAGUUGGUUUGUUUGAGAGAUCCGAGAUUGCUUGGAGAGAGGCUAGAUAUGCUCAGAUAUACGAGUACCUAAGAGAAGAGUACGAGGUCACUCAGAGAUUUGGAGAUCUCGACUAUAAGCUAAAGUUUAUAGAGCACAACAUUCAUUUCCUCCAAGAGGUGCUGCAGAACCGACGAUCAGAUCUUUUAGAAUGGUGCAUUAUUUUCUUACUGACCAUUGAAAACGCAAUAGGCAUUUACGAGAUUCUUCGAGAAUCCGCAGGAGCUUCACUCUGAUGCUACAAAAUUACAAGUCAUUGUAGAGAAUUCAAAUUCUGGGAACUGAAGUUCAUUUGUUUUGAUUCUUAGUUUACUAUAUCUGUAAUAAAAUCAACUUGACUCG